AUUCCACCAGGAUCCCCCAUCUCCCAUCGGGAUCCCCAUUCCCUAUUCCACCAAAGCCUCGCUGCCUGUGCUGCACACUGUGAGCCACCCCCUGGUUGUCCUCCGUCCCCACUUCGGGUCCCGCUGAGCCGUCCCCUUUUCCCCCAAGGUCUCUCCAACCCUUUUCGGGGACUGCUGAAGCUGGGCAGCCUGGAGCGGCGCGGAGCCAUGGGCAUCUGGAAGGAGUUCUCCUGCGAGCUGUCGCCGCUGGAGCUGCGGCUCUUCCUGGACCACGAGGACCGCAUCUGCGUGGAGAGCUUUUCCCUGCUGCGCUGCGAGUCGCUGGCGCUGACGCAUUCGGAUGGACGCUUCGAGCUGGUGUUCCUGGGGAAAAAGCUCUGCUUGAGGGCUCCUUCCCGGGAUGAGGCUGAGGACUGGCUGGAUCGGAUCCGCGAGGCGCUGCGCAAGUGCCGCCCGCAGCUGGAGGAGGAGGAGUGGGAGACGCUGGAGUAC